AUUAGAUCGAUAAGUUUAUUAGCUAGCGCAAUCCUAUAUAUUCAGCAAUGAGUUUGGACUUACAUAGUAAAUAAUGAAUAACUAAAUUUCAGAAUCAAUUUAUCCUGAUUUAUCCCAAUCCCGCCUAGCUUGAUUAAAGUCUCAGUUCUCCACGUAAUUAUAACGUGUGAUUUUCUGUUUUUCCUCACACAUCCCGCCGUUAAUUUUGAAACUAUCCCGCAUCCCGCCUGUCAAAAUGAGCAAAUCCCGCUCCAGCCGAAGUAUUUUUAUCUCGCAUCCCUCCAUUAAAAUUUAUUUCAUGCCUCAUCCCACGUGAAGCGGGAUGAGAGUGAAAAUGGUAGGACUGGUAACGGCCCGCCAAAACUUUGUUGGAUCCUCGAUUACUCCUAGACGACCUAGUCACAUAUAUAAUGCUGAAAAGAAGAAAAAAAUAGAAACGAUUUUGCCGGCAACGAUGGGACAGCUGGCGAUCUCAUAUCCAAGAAUGUACAUAUCGUCAUUCAUGUGUCGUUUCGGUGUUUAUAAGCUCAUAGCCUGGGCCCAACUGAAAGAUUGUCACGUGUUGUCUGUCUCUGCGGAGUAGGGACGAAUAGAGAACAAAUUUUCAUGUUUGCUGGUGUUGGACUGUAAAGCGGCCAGUAUUACCGCCCCGGACUUGCUAACCAUCAUUUACCUCAGAAAGGUAAUUCAAGUCCGAAAAAAGGCCAGCAAGAUUCUUUUUGGGAUCAACAAUCUAACAGUGUGAACCAUUCAUCAGGAUCAGCACAGUAUCAGCAUCCUUUUGAGGGAAAUUCUACAGCUGCUGCUGAUCCUUUUAUGACCAGUGUGCAGAAUGAGUUUGAUGGCUGGGACGAAUGGCCAGCAGAAGAUGAUUUUUAUGGCAAUGAUUCUUUCCAUCAGAAUCAUGUAGGACCAUAUGAUCUGGGAAGUACUCCUAACCACAAUACUGGCUAUAACGAUUCCCAGCUUGUUGUUCCUGAGCACGGUCACUAUCAAGAGGAUCUCUCUGAGAGUAGCAACUCCUCAUCAGUAGAGUCAUCUCCUCGUGGAAUGGACCCUGAACUUAACAAUACGUGGGUUGAGGAAGAAACCACACCCUAUUCUUUCUCCAAGUAUCCCCCUGCUAUGGCAUUAUCAGGUCAGAACAUGACACCACAGACUGCCACCUUACAAAGUUCAGGAGCUGACUUCUUUGACCAUUAUUUCAAUGGGCAAACAAAUACAGAACAAAGUGAUGUGGGAGAACAGAGUUCAACAUCUAAUGGGCGCACAUAUGCCAGUGUGUGCCAGGCUGGUGUGCCUGCAGCUCCCUAUCAGGACCAUGCACAGAACCUGUAUUUUAAUCAAGAACAGUCACAUGUGGCUCCCUCAUCACAAGCAGUUGGCACUCCUGAGUUGUUUAACCCCCAGGAUAAUGAGCUGGGUGCUGAGACAUGGAGUCGAGAACCUGAAUUAGGCAGCUGGUCUCCUGUGUUUAAUCACGAGGAGAUCAGUGAUCAACAACAUAUGCCUGAAUCAUUUGAGCCAGGUGAUUCUGUUAAAGAAGAGACAAUGGAUGAUGCUGGUCCAGUGCAAGCAGACCCAUUUGCUGUGGAUAGUACCAAGAAAGGUAUCUUCUCUGAAGAAGAGUCAGCAUCACAUUUAAAUUUCUUUGAUAAUGUUCACCCACAAAUUCCGAUAGAAGACAUGUCGGAGCUUCUUGGAAACCUGCAUCCUGCAGCUUUUGUGGCCUCUCCAGCAACAGGUUAUGCCAUGUUGCACAACAGUGAUUUCAAGCCUUCACUAAAAGAACCUGUGCAAGCAGACCCUUUUGCUGUGCAGAGUUGGCAGAGAGAUAGCUAUCCUGUAGCGGCUCAAGUAUCCCAUCGCAAAUUGUUUGACAAUGUUCACCCACAAGCUCCCAUGGAAGGCAUGUCAGAACUUCAUGGAAACCUCCAGCCCAGAGCUUUUCCAGUCACAAGAGCAGAGGGUGAUGUUAUGUUGAACCAUAGUGAUCUAGAACCCUCACUACAAGAACCUGUGCAAGCAGACCCUUAUCUUGUGCAGAAAGAUAGCUUCCUUGAAGAAGCUCCAGUGUCAAAUCUGAAUUUGAAUGAACAUCAACCACAAGCUCCCAUGGAAGGCAUGUCUGAGCAUCAUGGAAACCUUCAGCCUGGAGCUUUUCAAGCCUCUCCAGCAGAGGGUGAUGUCAUGUCACAUUCUAGUGAUUUGGAGCCUCCAUCACAAGAACAAUUCGAGGCAGUUCCACGCAGUAGAGUGCCUCCAGGUGUCCAGCCUAAUAUCCCGCAGAACAUUGUCGAACAGCCUGAAACACUGCAGAACAUGGCUUUUUCAAAGGGCGAUGUUAAGUUGCAUCAUGAUAGUGAUUUAGACCCUGCACCCAGUAUGAUGCUUGCGGGUGUACCACCUGCUAUCCCACAAGCUUCUGCUCAAAAUGGUGAACCAUUGCAAACUGUGACUCCAGGUGUUCCAACAUCUAUACAACAAGCUUCUGUUCAACAUCCUGAACCACUGCAGGACAUGGCUCUCUCAAAUAAUGAUCUUGUGUUGCAUCAUAGUGAUUUAGAGCCUCCACUCAGUAUGGUACCUCCAGGUGUGCCAACAUCUACACAGCAAGCUUCUUUUCAAAAGCCUGAGCCAGUCCAGGCCAGUUUGGUACCUCCAGGUAAUCUGCCUUCUACUCCACAAGCUUCUGUCCAACAGCCUGAACCACCACAGGACAUGGCUCUCCCAGAGGGUGAUAUCAUGUUGCACCGUAAUGAUUUGGAGCCUCCACCCAAAAUGGUACCACCAGUUGUCCCAACAUCUACCCCACAAGCUUCUGUUCAACAGCCUGAACCAGUGCAGAACAUGGCUGAAAAUAUACGUGCUGAUCCUGAUCAUGAUGCCUACAUCAAAUUGCCAUCUCAUGAAAAACCUUUAGCAGACUCCUUGGACCACAAGCCAUCAAUGGAAAUUCCCUCUGGGACAUUCAAGCCAUCAUCAGUAGUUGAAGCAGUGCAACCUCCCUCUCUGGGCAAAGUGCCUUCAGAGGGAACUCCACUUGAGUUGUUUAAACCAGCUCCUGUUGAGCAGAUGCAACUACAUAUGCCUCCUAAGAUGGAGGGACAAUUUCAGCCAAGUGGGAAGCUGAAGUCUGUAGUAGAUGAACCAGACAGUCCUCGAGAUGCCAUUCAGGCCGCAUUUCUCCAAAAGCAACUGGCUGGGAAAGCGCCUGCUUCCUCCCCACGCACAUCUCUGUGGAUGAAUAGUGUUCCACUACCAGCGCCAUGUGUACUGGCUCCAGCAGCUGUUGCUGCAGUUGAAUCCUCUGAAUUUCAUGGCAAUGAUCAAACAUCUCCUGCUGACAGAAAGCAGGGCAUACAGCUUCAAGUUACAGAUGCACCACACCAGCAAAUUACACCAGUUCAAGCAGAAGUGCCUGGGCCAGUGCUAUCUAAACCAUUUCAACCCACUCAAGGUCAGGAUAUGUUUCCACCCACACCAUAUGCAAGUUCAUCUGCAACACAGGAGAAAGUAUCGAGAGAACUGCCUGGUGUUUCAACUACACCAGCCUCAGUGCAAGUCACUGGACAAGAAUUACCUCAGUCAGUGCAGUCUGCACCAUUUCAACACACUAAAGGUCAGGAUCUCUUUACACCCUCACCAUAUGCAACUUCAUCUGCAAUAGAGGAGAAUGUAUUGAGAGAAUUGCCUGGUGCUUCAAUGGCACAAGCCUCAAUACGAGCCACUCGACAAGAAUUGCCUCAGACAGUGCAAUCUCCACCAUUUCAACCCACACAAGGUCAGGAAAUCUUUGCACCCUCACCAUACAUAUCAUCAUCUGCAACACAGGAGAGCAUAUUGAGAAAAUUGCCUGGUCCUUCAACUACACCAGCCUCAAUGUCAGCCACACAACAGGAAUUAUCUCAGCCAGUGCAAUCUGUACCAUUUCAACCCACUCAAGGUCAGGAAAUCUGUACACCCUCACCAGCUACACGAACAUCUGCAGCAGUAGAGAAAAAAAGAGAAUUGCCUGAUGCCUCAACGGUAGUGGCCCCUGUGCAGAUGUCACUGGCAUCCUUACUUCAGGGAGGUAAGGGUCGUCCAAAGAAGAAAACAUCGGAAACAUCUAAAAUGGAUGUAGGAUCAUCACAGGAUGUUACUGUGCCAUCUCAGGAAACCUCGCCGCCAAAUCCAUUUGCACCUCAGUCUGGCUCACCAUCAGUUCCUCCAUUAAAUUCUGUAGAUGAGUCAUCUCAUAAUUCUGAACAACAAUCGAACAUUGAGUCUCUUGGCUCAGGUGAUAGAACAGAUCACCGGUAUUUGCCUCCUAAUGAGAGUGAAUAUCACGAUUCUUAUUCACGUGAAAAUUCACGGAGUCGAGAUGAUCCUUACUAUGAGCAUAAUAGGAGAGAGCCUUAUUAUGACCAGGACAGGAGGGAAAAUGAUCGUAGGGACUAUGAUAGAAGAGACUAUGACAGGCGAGAACAUGAGAAGCGUGACUAUGACAGGCACGAUUAUGACAGAAGAGACCGAGGAGAAUUUGACAGAAGGGAAAGUGAUUACAGCAGGAGAGAUUAUGAUUCUAGGGAAUAUGAUAGAAGGGAUUUUGGUAGAAGAGAUUAUGAAAGGAGGGACAGCUAUCAUGAUCGAAGGGAUUCUUAUUAUGGGUAUGGGUCACCAAGACAAGGCAGAAGGGGUUACAAUGAAGGACGUUCUUCUAGGGAAGACUUGUAUAGAGCGCCUGAUCCUGGAUAUGCUCAUUCAUACCACAGUGGACGUAGUACGCCAUCAUCGGACUAUGAAAGAAACAGCCCUGCAUAUGACUAUUCAUCAUCGUCAUACGCUUCACAUCAGUAUGGUUAUCCAUCAUACGCUGAUUCUCAAUCCAUGGACAUGUAUCAAUAUUUAACAAUGUUGUACUAUUAUUAUCCACAACAUUAUGAACAGUACUGCGCCCAACAGGGCUACUAUAACAUGGGUUAUACCCCAGAACAGCUGGCGCAAUUCUACAGUGGUAUACCAUACCCUCCUGGGUAUGAAGGUUCACAGCCAGAGCAAGCUGCUGAGGCUGAAGUCCAAGAAUCCGAGCCUGCAAGACUGACCCCUCCUUUGUACAGGGUGCAGCACCCCUUGGUACAGUUCACUGGUGGUGGCCGGCUGAUUUCACUGAUGAGUAGUGAAGAUGAAGAGGAGCAACCUAAAUGUGUCAUUGCAUCAGUGCAGAUGGUGUUUAGUGUUGCAGAGAUGGAGAUCAUUAAAGCAUUUCCUGGUCCACUUUCUAGCAUAUACUCAAGUAGGACAGAGGUGAUAUCUUACUGUGAACUGAGGAGUACUGUAACUGACAUGUCUGCUGAUGGUUUGGUGAAAUCUCUCAUAUGGAAGAUUUUAGCAAAUUUGGUCAAACACAAUGGGGCAUUUGUGGCUUCAGAUUUGGCUGAGUUGAUUAUGGAGAACUGGAGGAGCUGUAACUCUUCAGACCAAAAUGAAUUCCUUUCUGCUGAGGCUGGGCCACUAUCAUCAGAGUAUGAAAAGAGCAAACAUCUUAGUGUUUUUAGAGAGAUGCUCUUAGUUGGAGCAACCAAGGAUGCCCUUGAAUACACAAUGAGAUAUGGUCUGUGGGGACAUGCAAUGGUGCUAGCAUCAAAAAUGGACAAGAAGGUGCAAAAUGAAGUCACAAACAGGUUCAUGAAGACCAUGACUGACUUUGACCCAAUCCACACAGUUUAUGAUCAUCUUUCAGGACGGCAGCCUGUAGCAUUAAUGACGCCUGAUGACUGGCAACGGAACCUUGCAGCAAUGGUGGCCAAUCCACCUCGUCAGCAUCCCCAGUCUAACAAAAGAAACAUGAUCUGUUUGGGAGACACUCUCAUGACUAAUGACCAAGUCUGGGCAGCACAUUUGUGCUACACUUUGGCUGGUGAGCGAUUCGGCUUUCCAUAUGAUGAAAAGACCAAGAUGGCACUGAUAGGAAUUGAUCAUAGAAAGAAAACAAUCACAGACCAGCACAUUCCUCUUGAAAACCUGCAAAUGAUGGAGGUGCUAGAGUAUGCUGUCAGUUUAAAUAGCGAGGACCAUUAUAUCCCUGUCUUACAGACAUACAAAUAUCUCCAUGCUAAUAAGUUGGCUGAAGCAGGCUUCACUGAUGAGGCUUUGCACUAUGCAGAUCUCACUGGAAAAAUAUUAAUUAAACAUCCUCACCACUUCAACUCAACUUUAAUUAAGAACAUGAAGGAGCUGACAGAUAGAUUGAAUCCUGAGGGUCAAGAUGCUGCUGUUGCGGAAACAACAGAAAUGUUGGACAGGCUUCUACAAGCUAAAGAUUCAUCCCAGAUCAGUAGCUCUGUGACUGAGAGUGAAGGCGAGGUGGAAGAUCCUCUGGCAGAGAGUUCAGCAUCAUUUUUCUCUGGAUAUGACCCAGUUAACACACCUAAACAUCAGGUUGAGAAAACUGAGCAAGUCCAGCAUCAAGAUUCUUGGGCUGAACCCACAUCAAGUGCACCUGCAGUAAGCCAAGACUCCAUGGCUGAUCUUCGCCAGGAUUCAUGGUCUGGUAGUACGGAUACACGAGUAAUCCAGCCUGAUCUUCCUCCAGCUCAGCCACUUCCUCCAGCUCAGCCGCUUCCUCCAGCUCAGCAGCUUCCCCCUAGCACAGGUCCACAGCCAUCAUCGCCAAGGAAGGAGCCUCCCCCAGCUGUUGAUCCCCCUGCACAGCCACCCUUCUUUGUUCCAGGCCCACCUGUCUCACAGGAGCUUCCUGGACAGAUGGAGAGUGAGCAACCAGCACCAACGGAGGUGCAGCCUUUUUAUAAUCAGCAGCCACCAUGGAAUAACAGUCAACACCCGCCAUGGAAUGACAGUCAACACCUGCCAUGGAAUGACAGUCAGCAGCCAACAUGGAAUGACAGUCAACAGUCCUCAUGGUCAGAAGGGGUUGGAUAUGAAGAGUCAAAGAAAGUUGAGCCCCUUCCAGCUAAAGAACCUGAGCCACUUGCAAAAGAAGAACCAAAGCCUAAACCAUCUGCGAAGGCAAAGAAAAAGGCAAAUAAUGGCAGUCAGGGUGGUUGGUUCUCUGGCCUCUCGGGGAUAAUUCAGAAGGUUAUUCCUCGUGGCCCUAAUGAAAUGAUUCUACCAGAUGACACAAAAAAAUCGAUUUACUGGGAUGAGGAUCUUAAAAAGUGGGUCAACACAGAUGAAGACGAGGAGGAGAAGGCUCCUCCACCUCCACCUCCUAGUGACAUGCAGCUUGGUGGUGGAAUGCCUCCUCCAAUGCCUCCUCCAAUGCCUCUUGGUCAUGGCAUACCCCCCAAUGGAGGUACUGCAGUUAAAGGUGUGGGUGGACGGGCUGGUUCACCUCCAUUUAGCCCUAUGCUCAUGCCCAAUGUACCUGGGAGGCCAACUCUUCCAGGAAGCCUGCAGCCAAGUCCGGGAAUGCCUACUGGUAUGGCCACACCUCCUGUGGCUUCUAAAUUUUCCAGAAAGGCACAUGGUGGCAGCAGACAUGCUAAGAAAUAUGUGGAUGUUCUGAACCCAGGUGGAAAAAGCUCUAAUUCUGCUAUGCUUCCAAGCAGCCUUCUUCCUAUGAUGCCAAUGCCUGGCGCCGAAUUCAAAGGCAAUUUCUUUGUGCCUUCUCCUGUGAAUACAGACACAUCUGAUGAAAGAACAGAUGAGCAAACUCUUGAUCAGUCGCCAGCUAUUGGCAAUCCUUCUUCACGUCCCUCAUCUAGAAAUGAAGAUGAGGAUGGGGGUGAUAAACAGUCACAGCAUUCCCGUUCAAGCUCUGUUUCUCUCGCAUCUGCUGAAGUGCGUAGCUAUAUGAUGCCCCAGGAUCCCGACCCACCCCCACAGGAAAUGAAUGCUGCGCCACCCCCAAUGCUCUUUGAUCCGAUGGCUUUUAGCCAGCCUAGUGCUCAGGCCUCUCCGAGAAAGUCACGUUAUCCGGGAAUCCGGAAAUAAACUUAUUCUUCUAAGGAAAAUAUUUUAAUUAAUAAUUGGAGGUUUUGAAAUAUUUGUCUGAAAAUAUUUAAUAUUGAAAUGAUGUUAUGCUUUUAAAAAAAAAAUGUUGUUUUUCUAUCGCUCUAUCUCCUUCUAUUCUUCUCUCUCUCCCUAUCUCUGUCUUAUCUUUUAAAUUUCUUAAGUGUCGCUCUCAUUAUUUUCAUUUUCACGUGAAUUUUCUUGCCAGGGCUCUAUGCCAAAUUUUUAAUCCGUCAGUGAAGAUUGUUUUUGAAUGUGCAGUGGACAAUUGACAGAUAGUCCACAUUUCAUAAAAGUGAAUUGAUUUAUUUUUCAACCAGACAAAUAUUUCAAAAUCUCCAAUUCCUAUUGCCGUAGGUAAAAUUGCUUGAACAAAAAAGGUACUUAAUUUAAAAUUGUAAUAGUUAGAAAAAAUGGGGGGUCUUAACACCGUAUUUAUAAAUUCCGUAAUAUUUUAAUCACAGCUCUUUCCUGUGUAUGUAAGUAUAGGUCAGUUAUCGUCCGUCUUUUUAAGACAAACUGUCAAGGGUUAAUUUGAUAUCAUUUGACUUGACAUUCUUCCAUUCUUCCAGACUUUCACCAAAAUUUUACUUAUUUCCUUGUUAUUUCUUUAACCUGGGUUUUCAAUACUCAAACCUUCCAACUGUGUCCAAAUCGAAUCUCUAUUUUUAUUUUGACUCAACAACAUACUAAAUUGAUUUUAGCUGUUUAACUUUCAAGACAUUUCAAAUAAGAGCCAGACUUUCACUAAAAUUUUACUUAUUUCCUUGUUAUCUCUUUAACCUAGUUUCUCAGUAUUCAAACCUUCCAAACUGUUUCCAAAUGGAAUCUCUAUUUUAUUUUGAGUUUAAAACGUACUAAAUUGAUUUUAGCAGUUUAACAUUCAGGACAUUUUAAAUAAGAGCCAGAUUUUCAUCAAUUUUUUAUUUAGUUUUUGUUUCUUAUCUCUUGAAGGCCAAUUUUUUUCAGUAUUCAAACUUUCCAAAGUAUUUCCAAAUCGAAACUUGUUCAGUUUUGUUUCUUUGUCGUUGCUCUUAUUUCCACGUUGUCUUCUGGGAAACAACUGCACGAUUUACGCUCAUAGUUAACCAUUACUUAUUUGCUUUUCAUUGCUGCUUCAGUCAUCGUUUUUCUUUUAUUUAAUUCUUUUAACCCCGUCCUGAAGGAAGAAGCCAGUGUUGAUCUUACGAAAUUGCCGCCAUGUUGGAUGAUGUCUCCACUGUCAGUUCUCCCAAUAUGGCGGCUGAUCCUAAGUAUACCGACAGGGUCUUUGCUAAAGAGGAGCCAGUUUGUUUUGAUGGUUAGUUGUGUGUGGUCUCUCAGCAGUCAUGCUGGACGACUUGGUAUAUUGUUAGUUCUCCCAGUAUGACUGUCGAGCUUUAUCACGUAACAGACACUCACAGUAAAUUUGGCUUCUUUUUCUGGUGAAGAUACUGAAUUGCACACCUUUUUCUGCCACAUUGGACGAUUUCUUUAGUUGUUAGUUCUCCUAAUGUGGCUGUUGUCAUCUUGGAUGCUACUGGCUAUUUUCUUCAGAGUUGGGAUCUUUCUUUAUUUUCAACGUCUUUAUAAAUUUGUAAAUCAUCACUUGGUUUAUUCUUUUCCUGGUUUUAUUCAAAUCUGACCUAUUGCAAUGCACUUCCUGCAGCUGUUUUCCUUCCUGUCGUUUUCUCUCUCUUUUAUUUUCUCUCUAGCUAACGUUGAAAAUCUGGCUCAUUUCGGAAACUUAUUUUUUUGUCAAUUUGUGCUAACAGGCUGUACUUUUUUUCCCUUAUUCGUUUUUUUUUCCAUCAUCUAACCUUGAAAGUCUGGCCCUUUCCAGGAACUCAAUUUUUUUUUUUUUCUUCGUAACGAAGAGGCUCUACCUUUUUCUCUUUUUUUUUCUUUUUUUUUUCUUCUUUUUUCAUUAUCUAACCUUGAAAGUGUGACUUGUUAUUACGGGAACUUUAUUGUCAGUUUGUACUAAAGAAGCUUAAUUACUUACUGUACUUUGUUGUAGUUUAUUUUCCUUUGUCUAACCCUUGAAGGUCUGGGUCAUUUUGGUAACUUUAUUUCUGUCACUGUUUAAGGUGCCUUUCUAAUUUUCAAGCGAGAGUAAAUAAUUUCCAUGGGGUUCAGUAAUGCAAAGAACCUCAAGACAUGAAAGUGUCCAAAAUAAAAUGAAUAUGUGAGUAGUCACUUAUUCCUUGUCUCGA